ACAAAAGAGUGACAGUCCACCUGUGUAGUACAUGUAGCGCGGCCACUCAGCCACUUUCCUGAGCAACUCUCGCUUUGUUUCCACCAUGACCGACAUCCACUGCGAUAGAUUUGAUCUUCCUCAUUGUGAGGAGAUUUCCCGUGACUCUUGUAUUGCCAGCUUUCUCACAAAUGAAGCUCUUUGUGAUCUCACGUUGAAAGGCAGCGAUGGCGUCACUGUCAUUGCCAAUCGCUUUUGGCUUGCAGCGCGAAGCAACGUCUUCCGCAGUAUGCUUCUAGGUGAUUUUUUGGAGUCAAAGCAAGAUGUGAUCCCCUUGAACUACAAGGGGUGUGUGCUGAAGGCCCUUGUUGAGUACAUCGUAAUGGAUUCUCCUGGGAUACUUGAAGGAAUGGAUGGCAAAAUUGAUGGCGCUGAAGCUGAUAUACUCAUUUCACUGAUGGAGGCUGCCAUGUUCUUUGAACUUCCUGGUUUGUGCAAGAAGUGUCUCUAUCACAUAUCCCAGGCUUUACGCAAGCACCCUUCUUCAUCAAUUACCAUUUUGGAAGCAUGCCAACAAGCAGGACCAGCAGUUCCAACCCAGCUAAAGGACUUGGCUGUAGGUCGUCUUCUCGGGAAUAUUGAAAAAUUGGACAAUGAUGCUCUGCCAUCAUUGAGUGCUGAGUCUCUGGAGGAAGUUCUCAAAUGCGAUACUGUCCAUAUCGACGAAUUCAGUCUCUUUGAGGUUUUGAUGCAUUGGGUGCAAGGAAACAAAAGAGAUGAUGAUACUAGCAGAGGUGACAAAGAGUCACCAGAGGCCCUUGCCUCUCAGCUGGUAGAAAAGCAUAUCCGGUUGGAAUGCAUUGACCCUGAGCUUUUAUCAACCUCUGUCAAGUCAUCUGGUCUUGUGUCACAAGGCCUUCUCUGUGAGGCCUUCGAAAAGCAAGCUCUAGUCUCAAAGCAGCAACAUCAUGUCGUUUUCAAAAAAGCCCGUGGUACCGGUAUGGUUGUAUGGGAAAAUUCCUCGAACGAAGUGUCCGGCACACCGCGUGAGACAACUGGCUGUACAUCUGAUUGCCUUCGAUACCCUCCAAUCUCCGGUGGUAAACAUGAGUGGACACUUGAGUAUGUUCAGCAAAGCCAAGGGGACUUGGUCGGAAUUGCUCUUCGAGGCAUUGACAGAUCCAGAUCUCUUGGCAAGCAAAACGCUGGAUGGGAUUUAUGUAGGGAUGGGAAAGCAAGGCACCAUGACACUGCAGUUUCCCGUGGCCACCCACGGUUCUCGCAAGGUUCGAGAGUCACACUGACAUUGAACUUGCUAGCAAACCAGGAAGGGAAUGGUACACUUCAUGCAUCAGUGGAUGAUGGGGAACGAUUUUUAGUCUUUGAGAAUCUUCGAGAUGAGUUGCAGGGAAGCGAUGAUGGGUUUGUGCCAGGUGUAUCUACCUAUCCUGAAGGCAAGUUUCGGCUUCUUCGGAUUCAACAACUACAUUGAAAGCUUGGCGGAAGAGCUGCAUUGGUUCUUGAACAAGGAAUAUUGUAGUAUGCCGUCUUCGAGAAACGGGAAUCUUGGAGCACCGGUCGAACUCUACUACGAUAACAUUACAUUAGGUCUCCAGAUUUUUGCCACAUUA